UUAAACUAUAUGCUUCAUUCAGUAGUAGCUGUUCAUCAACGAAACAUCGUACGAAACAACGGUUUCGUAUUUUUAGUUUAGUAGUGUAAAAUCUUAAAAUUUAAAAAUGAUUUUAUGGUAUCCUGCUAGUGUUCUAUUUGUGUUGUUUCAUUUAUCGCAAGCCGCUGCCCGAGUGCCCCAUUUUAAUGAAUAUGCCGUAGAAACAAUGCGUUUAACGAAAAAUCUGGAAAACGCAGAUAGUAUAAAUGAACCAAAUACUGAAAGCAAAACAUUAAGUGGGUCUGUAGACGUUCAGUUGGAGAGAAAACCGGUCGCAUUAGAUUCAAAGCUAUUUAAUAAUGUAAUGAUUAAUUCAAAACUGAACAUCGACUCAAAGGCGGAAUCACGUGGCAAGAAGCACAAGGUUAAAAAGGUGCUCUUACCUUUAUUGACCUUCGUUGUCCUGAAAGCCAUGACCGUAGUACCUUUCCUUAUUGGAGCACUUGCCCUUAAAGCAUGGAAUGGCUUGCAAUUAUCACUAUUUGCGUUUAUCAUCGCAUCAGGAUUAACGAUUUUUCAGUUAUGUCAGAAACUAGCCAUGGAUCAAAAUGUACCAGUUAUUUUGGACCAUCCACCAGUUGCGAGAAGAUCUUUAGAUGCUGAUGUUCAUGGGAAAGCAUAUGCUGCUUAUUUGCAAUAAUGUUAUGUAUAUACUAAAUAAAAUAAAAUAAUUAUAAUAAA